AAAGUGCAACACGUCUUCUCACAAAGACUAACAGAGGGUUCUCUAGCCAGAUUCCCCGUCUUUACUCUACCGCCACUCGUGCUGGCACUACACAGUCGUGGAAGAAGUACCAGACUGGUUAUGCUGUUGCGGGAGCUACUGCUGCCAUUUUAGCUUUUACUGCUUUAAACGCAAAAGAGGUCUUCUGUGAUGCUGCCCAUGAAGACAACCAACGCAGAGCCGAAGGUCCCAUUACAGAUCAAGAUCCUAUGCGCCUUCGCAUGGAAUCCUUUGUCAAGGGGCUUCAGAGUCGUAUUGUAGCUGAUAUUGAGAGCAUUGACGGGAAACAAUUCAGCCGUACAACAUGGCAACGUAAGGAAGGCGGCGAAGGUAUCACAUGUGUUUUGCAAGACGGCAAUGUGUUUGAAAAGGCUGGUGUUGGUAUUUCUAUCGUGUACGGUCAGCUUCCAAAGGCUGCUGUUGAACAGAUGCGCCACGACAGAGGCAAAGAUAUUAGUGCCGAUGGACCAGUUCCUUUCUUUGCUGCAGGAAUUUCGCUUGUCAUGCAUCCUCACAAUCCAAAUGCACCAACCGUGCAUAUGAACUACCGUUAUUUCGAGAUUGAAAACCCAGACGGAUCCCCUAGACUUGCCUGGUUUGGUGGUGGAUCUGAUUUGACACCCAGUUAUCUUUUCGAGGAAGACGCUAUUCACUUCCAUCAAGUGAUCAAGGAUGGUUGUGAGAAAUAUGACAAAAAGUAUUAUUCGACCUUUAAGCAGUGGUGCGACAAAUACUUUUAUAUUAAGCAUCGAGGCGAGUCGCGCGGUAUUGGCGGUAUCUUUUUUGAUGAUCUCGAUGAUAAACCUACCGAAGAAUUGUUCUCAUUUAUCAAAGAAAUGGGCAACCGAUUCUCCCAGUCAUAUAUACCAAUUGUCAAGAAGCGUAUGAACAUGAAGUUUACCGAGGAGAUGAAGGAAUGGCAGCAGAUCCGUCGUGGUCGCUAUGUUGAAUUUAACCUCGUCUGUGACAGAGGUACCAAGUUUGGAUUACAGACUCCUGGCGCACGGAUUGAGGCCAUCUUGAUGACUCUUCCUCUUACUGCCCGUUGGGAAUAUAUGUACACGCCUAAAGUCAACUCAACCGAAGCAGAUUUAGAAGAAGUUCUAAAGAACCCAAGAGAUUGGAUUCCUCUGGAUUAAAUAAAACAAAUAGAUAUAUAACAUUACACAUUC